AUGAUACUGUCCAGUUUUCUGGUACAUGUAUCAGAGUCUUCGACCACCUCUUUGGGCGACGACACUCCCCGAGGAGGUCUCUCGUCCACCAUCAAAACUAGCCCCAAGUCCACAAUUGGAGACGAAACUCACACCACAUCAACCAAGAAUGCCAGCAGCAGCCACACCACCAAGAGGGAUAGACCAGGUUCUUCCACCGCUGGAAAGGAUGUUGAUGAAUCGUCUACCACUAGAAGAGAAGAUGCCUCUUCUUCGACUGAAAGGAACAACGACGGCUCCUCUACAGUUGAGGAGGAUGGGAGAAACGAAUCUACCAGCAAGCAAAGAGACAGCAGCUCGUCAACUGAUAGAAAGAAUGACGAUGAGUCCUCAACAACCGCAAACAAGGACAAUCAGUCUUCCACUUCUCCUUCGUCUGGGAGCAAUCAGGUCUCUAGCACAUCUUCGCCCGCCCGAUCAACAACAGCUCAGCCAGUUAGCAGCGCGACAAGCUUUGUCAGCUCCACGACUUCCACCAGCUCAGACAAGUCCUACACCGUGUUCUUCGUGACCGCUACGACAACGCAGCAGCCAGGCGUGGACUCAACAACCAAAGUUACGUGGACUUCCUCAGAAGUUACCACCUCCUCUUCCGACGGUGGCGUCAUCUUUCCUUGGAUCAUACCCGUCUGGGGCUGCAUAGGACCGAUUUGCCAUCCUCAAUGUCUCAUUCCGUUUCUCGGUUGCAACAUGCCUCAGCUCAAGCUUCCAGGCCCCAUGGGAUUCUCGUGGGCCACGCCACCGCCUAUACCUCCCAAGGAGCCACGGAAGGGUGAUCCAAGUGAUCCGGAUGACCCGAAGCCUUCGGAGACCCCCACAACCACCUCUUCGGAGUCGUCUUGCACAGCCUCUACCACAUUAUACCCCAAAUGCGGCCAAAGCUGUGUCGCUAGACCAGUCACUACUAUCGACAAGUCUACGAGCUUCAGCACGUCAUGUUUCACGGCCACUUGUCACCCAACGGUCGUCUGCAGUAAAACGGUCGAAACCACAACCACUACAACAAUCUCUACAGCUAGUGCCACACCCUCUGAAUUCUUCUGCAGCCCAGAGUCCAACUGCGGGGAUUGUGGGCUUUCGUCUAAUGAGACGCAGUCCGGUCUAUCAAAGAGAGUAAUCAACUAUGUCGAUUGGAACCCUCCCGAUGACGAUGAACUACUUAACCACCCUGAUGGAAUCUGGGUUGAAGAUGUCAAAAAAGAUGCAAUGGGCAACGAUAUCCCCAUAAACGACAGACCGUAUGUGACAACCUGGCCCGCCGGUGAAGCCGCCUGGCGCUUGCGGAUGUUCCGCCAGAUUAAGAACUACUGCGACGGGGCGGAGGAGCAAUACCACAGAUAUACCGACACUGACGGUAAAACCUCGCAAGUGGCGCCGUACGGAGUGUCCACGAUGCGAGUCAGUGAAUGGGCUGACAGAGGAAUCGUCGGUGGGAGCGGUCCACUAUGGGGCUGCAGUAUCCUGAUGAUUAUCACCAAACGAGGGAUAUACCUGAGUCACAACUGGGAGGUCCCAAACUUCGCAAACCCCUACAAUUACCCAGGAGUCGACCUCAAUGAAGAAUUCCACAAAGGCGUGGAGAUGUUUUUGAAAGAGGGAGACGCACACCAUAGGGGUGUUGACCAGCUGAAGGAGCAGACGCAUAUUUUCGACAACAUGCAAGAAGACACACUACAAAUCAUCAUCUUCACUCCCCAGGCUGGUUUCAUAUCUCCAAUGCGUGAGGAUCCUGUCAGAGAUGCCUUGGUGAGGCACCCGGCUGCAGUCGAACGAUGGAAAAACUUCAUCGUUGGCCUCGGAUUUCCUCGUGAUAAGAUUAUGGUCCAGGCUUACGUUAAAGGUCCUUUAUACUGGCCAGGUAUGCCUAGGCCCUUGCAGGAAGGACAAAGAGCCAUGGAUUAUUGGCAACCGGAGUCUUCUGCGGGUCUUGCCUUCUUUCAAUAUCAUCCGGCGCACAAGGUUGAUGGGGUUAACCGAGGGCCUACCAUCAAAGUGUUCUGGGAAUAUUACGACAAGAUAAUUUUUGAGUCGUCUUGGUGUUAUCGAGAAGAUCGGACGGUUGCGGCUCGCGACGACGGAGUUGGCUCCUGCCCAGUUCCUCAGGCUGCAGGUAGUGGACCAUCUGCAUCAGGUGAUGGAGGAUCUACCUCAGCAUCCGCAUCCAAGGGCAGAUCUAAUGCCUCGGGGAAGACCUCCUCAAGUAUUACUUUUACCAGUUCCCAGUCGUCGAAGGGGCCAGGGUCUACUUCCUCCGGCAACACGGCAGUCCCCACGAGCAAAUCAUCUGCCACUAAACCUCCAGGACCAAGCUCCACCACACCAUUAUCAAGUCCUCCAUCUCCAAGCAAACCCCCGCCACUGAAACGAACUGUCCAUAUCAGCCAAGAAAUCCGGGGCAAUGUACACAAGAAGGACGACGUACACAUGGCGAACAUCACAAUCUCCGAGACCAAGGAUGGCGACAAGACCGUUUUGGAGAGUGAGCAGCACAGCGACGGUGGCAAAUUCAGAUCUCUACCAAGUGCGCAAAUGUUGACGGAUAAGCAAGGCAACGAGCUGAGAAUCGAUUUCAAAAUAGAAGAACACCAUAAUAUCACGUUGUGGGCGAAUAGUAAUGGCAAGCCGGAAUUCUGGAGCAUUGAGAAUCUCGAGAAGGACGAGAACAAUCCAAUGAAACCAUGGUGCGAAGUGAAUAGCACCGUCCCGAACAAAUCUGCCGUUCUUAUUUUAAGAGAGAUUGAAUGCUUUUACUAUGUGUGA